AUGACGAGCUCGUGCGCCAUGCUGGUGCUCAUCUUGGCUCUGCUCGGUGCUGCUAUGGCGGCGGCGGCCGGUGGCGGCGACGUUGUGUCGUACAGCUACCCGGCCUUCGACGCGGCGACGACACGCGACGGCAGCCUCUUCGCCGGCACCAACCUGUCCGUGCUCACGUCGGCGCGGCUUCUCUUCGAGCAGGAUCAGUUCUUCUCCGAGUUCAACGCCUCCGAGGGGUUCCUGCUCCUCUCCGACGAGGUCGACGUGUGGUGCGGCGGCGCCGGGGCGCCCGCCCGCGAGGCGUCCUUCAACACGAGCUUCACCGUGGGCGCGGGGGCGUCUCCGGAUCCCGUCGCCGUCGCGUUCGUCCUCCUCCUCGACAGGUACCCGACCCUCAACGACCCGGCUGGCCUCCGUGGGAAGAACGUCUCGGCCGCCGAUGGCGGCGGCGGCGACGGCAACGCCACCAACAGCCUCGUCGCCGUCCAGGUCGGCACGGUGAUGUCCUACGUCAGGGACUCCCCAAACGUCGGCCUCAACGUCACCGUCACGCCCAACCGCACGGCGGCGCCGAGCGGCGGCUCCACCGUGUGGAUCCAGUACCGCGCCGUCGAGCACCGCUUGUCGGUGCACGUGGCCGCCGCCGGCGAGCCACGGCCGGCUAGGGCCCUCCUCGACGUGCCGCUACGCCUCGCCGGCGACCGCACCACCCAGACGGCGCUCGUCGGCUUCUUUGCCGCGGAGAUCAGGGAUAUCAUCGUGGGUGUCCGUGACUGGGAGCUGACCGUGGAGAGGCUGCACAGGGACGGCGGCGGGAAGAAGAGCACGUCGUGGCUGGCGAUACUGCUGGCGGUGCUCGGGUCCGUGACCGGCACGGCGGCCAUGGUAUCGGUGGUGGUGUUUUGCUUUGUAAUCAAGAGACGGAGGCGAGACAUGGAACCCAAGCAGUAGCCAUAUAGGUAUAGGCCGUAGCUUAAAUUAUAUUCAUUCCAUUUCGAAU